AUGAGAGUCCCAACAGGUCACGUCUUCUUGGUCGCCGCGCUCGGCUCCCUGGCAAUGGCUGCGCCAAUUCUCAAGGAGCGUACUGACGCUGCUGUGGAUAUCAUCCCUAUUAUUGAGCCCAUUGAGAAGCGGAUCGAAAUCAUUGAGGAUAUCAUCAACCCUAUCAAGCCUAUUGAGAAGCGGGUUGAUAUCAUUGAGGAUAUCAUCCCUAUUAUUGAGCCCAUUGAGAAGCGGGUUGAUAUCAUUGAGGAUAUCAUCCCUAUUAUUGAGCCCAUUGAGAAACGGGUUGACAUCAUUGAGGAUAUCAUCCCUAUCAUUGAGCCCAUUGAGUAG